AUGCGAAGAACCGCAGGUCGCCGACAGUGCUGCCUGCUUGGCCAUCUGCAUGUGUUUCUAGGGCCGGCGAAAGAAAGCCAGCAGAUUCCGCAAGCCGCUACUUUAAUUGAUCGCCUAUGUGUGAACAGCGGCGCACAUCAGCGACUUUGCUUCUUGCGGGCAUCGACGAGUUCGCGCAUUUGCGAAUCGCAGCGAUGGAAGCCGUCUGCGAUCGUUCCUCGAUGGAGUGAUAAAUCGCUGACAGAACUCGAGGUGGACGGCCCUCGGCGAAAACUCAAACCGUUGACAGGACUCGAGGUGGACGACCCUCGGCGGAAACUGAAACCGCUUCAUGAUCCGAUCAAAGUCGGUCGUACAAUUUCGAUGCAGAAAUGCCGUGGCGACGAACGGUGGCAUACGUCUCGGAACUUUUUAGUACCCGCGGAGCACAGACGUGUCGGCCAGCCGGCGAAUGAGCGGUCGCAAGCAAGCGUUUUCCGAAGAGGUUGA